GAAACGUCACUCAGGUAAUGACGGUUGGCCUGGCUAUAAUGACGAACGUUUUUGAGGAGCGUUAUUACAGAAUCAAUAAAAAGUUCCUCAUUUUGAUUGGCGUAUGGCCUUAUCUGAGUCAGCCUGUGAGGAAGCGUAUAAUAAUUUUAAUUUCUUUUCUCGCGGUGUCCCAAGUAGUACCUCAGAUAAUCGCAGUUUCGAAAGUUCUACACGACUGGGACGUCGCCGUAGAAAGUAUUCCACCUUUCGUCAUUGAAAUUGGAGUCACGAUCAAGAUGUUAACUUUCACUGUUAAUAUAAAAAAGUUGCACAGAAUAAUGGAGCAUAUUAGAAUGGACUGGCUAUCUCUUGCUGGGCAACCUGAGCUUCAGAUACUUCGCGAAUAUGCAGAAAAUGGUCGAAAAUUAACCAUCGUUUAUUCAACCGGAAUUUACGUGGCUGCAUUCCUUUUCCUUACCCAGCCGACCACGUUGAAAAUUCUGCAAGUUAUAAAUUUCUUGAAUGACAGUAUACCAACAAAGUAUCCUUUCCCAGUGGACUAUUAUGUGCUUGACAUGGAUGUUUAUUACUUUUAUUUCCUUCCACAUACUUACAUUUGCAUUGGGGUAAUUCUGACUGUACUCAUCGCCGAGGAAACCUUGUUCUUUGUACAAGUGCAACAUGGUUGUGCAAUGUUUUCCGUGCUUGGUUCUCAAUUGCAAAGAAUGGACGAUAAUGUAACUGAUGAUUGGACCAUUCGUCUUCGACCAUUGGAAGACCCUGCUUUCGCACACCUCUGUAAUUGUAUCAGGAAUCACAACGAUGUAAUUGAAUUCAGUGAUCUUCUCGAGAGUAUUUACUCCCCAGCUUUAUUCAGCUCAGUCAUGCUGGCUAUAUUGCUUAUCAGUGUCACAGGUUUUCAGGGUGCCAUGGUCAUGGAAGAGAAACCUACAAAUGCCAUACGUUACAUGGUAUUCACGGGAGCACAAUUGUUCUAUUUGUUUUUUGAAAGCUAUUUCUGCCAAAAACUGAUGGAUCACAGCCAACAAGUCCGUCAAUAUUUAUCCGAAGCAAAAUGGUACAGGAUAACACUGCACGCUCAAAAACUUUUGCCUUUCAUAUCGAUGAGAACCUUAACCCCUUGUCAAUUAACAGCAGGAAAAAUCAUAGUGAUGUCAUUAGAAACUUAUACUUCGGUUGUGAAAACUUCUAUGUCAUAUUUUACACUCUUACGAUCGAUGCAGUGAAUAAAAAACCUCGGAACAAACAGUCUUUGAUAGAUAACAAUGACAGAUUGUGAAAAUUCACAAGAAUCAGCCUCAAUAUCUUCGUACCUUUGUUUAGGAAAAUACAGAUCCAUUCGUUUGGAAACCACAGCAAGUUAUGUCUCGUAGAAAGUAAAAAGUGCUUGUAAGUAGACAAUAAAGCCAGUGUCCA